AUGUCUCGGGGUAGUAGUAGAUCUGAUUCAGGGAUAUGGUUAAGAUGGUGUUUGGUUUUGUUUGCAAUGGUAUCCGCUUUCGGUGUGUGCGGUCCUGCUCUUUACUGGAGAUUCAAAAAAGGCAUCGCUCUUCGCAAUUCCAAAACCUCUUGUCCUCCUUGCGUCUGUGAUUGUCCUCCUCCUCUCUCCCUCUUCCAACUCGCUCCUGGGUUAGCUAAUCUCUCUGUCACAGAUUGUGGAGGCAAUGAUCCGGAACUAAAGGAGGAGAUGGAGAAGCAGUUUGUGGACCUUCUAACGGAGGAGCUAAAGUUACAAGAGUCAGUUUCUCAAGCGCACACGCGGCAUAUGAACAUAACUUUGGCCGAAGCAAAAAGAGUGGGGUCUCAAUACCAAAGAGAAGCAGACAAAUGUGUUGCUGCAACUGAAACGUGCGAGCAGGCCAGAGAGCAGGCUGAAGCCCGGCUCACCAAGGAGAGAAAACUGACUUUGAUAUGGGAGAAACGGGCACGCCAAAUAGGCUGGGAAGGAGAAUAA